CGGGAGUGGAAAAAUGAAGGCAGCAAAAGAUACAUGUGCACUGGCCGGCCUGGCUGGUUGACUGUAUCGCUUCGCGUUGGAAAGUAUAAGAAGAUUCAUAAGAACAUCAUGAUCAACUUAAUGGACGUUCUGGAAGUGGACACUGAAAGACAGGUUGUUCGUGUGGAACCUUUGGUGUCCAUGGGCCAGUUGACUGCACACCUGAACCCCAUGGGCUGGACUAUUCCUGUGGUACCAGAGCUUGAUGAUCUCACAGUAGGUGGCCUGAUCAUGGGAACUGGCAUCGAGUCUUCAUCCCAUAUAUAUGGCCUUUUUCAACAUACCUGUGUGGCCUAUGAACUCGUUCUUGCUGACGGAAGCCUUGUGAGAUGUUCACCAACUGAAAAUUCAGACCUAUUUUAUGCAGUGCCUUGGUCUUGUGGCACUCUGGGUUUCCUGGUUGCAGCAGAAAUAAAAAUGAUUCCUGCCAAGAAAUAUAUCAAGAUACAUUAUGAGCCUGUGAGAGGACUGCAGAAGAUUUGCGAGAAGUUUAGUGAAGAAUCUAAGAACAAGGAGAACAGCUUUGUGGAAGGACUUGUGUAUUCCCUGGAAGAAGCGGUCAUCAUGACAGGAGUCUUGACUGAUGAAGCUGAGCAAAGCAAGAUAAACAGAAUUGGCAACUACUACAAGCCGUGGUUCUUUAAACAUGUGGAGAAGUAUUUGAAAGCUGACAGGACGGGAACAGAAUACAUUCCCUCAAGACACUAUUACCAUAGACAUACCCGCAGCAUCUUCUGGGAGCUCCAAGACAUCAUUCCUUUUGGCAAUAACCCUGUUUUCCGUUACCUGUUUGGCUGGAUGGUUCCUCCAAAAAUCUCUUUGUUGAAACUCACCCAAGGAGAAGCGAUUCGAAAGCUGUACGAGCAACACCAUGUCGUACAGGACAUGUUGGUCCCAAUGAAGAGCCUUGAAAAAUCUAUCCAGACCUUCCAUGCUGACCUUAAUGUGUACCCUCUUUGGUUAUGUCCUUUCAUAUUGCCCAAUAAUCCUGGUAUGGUCCACCCAAAAGGGGAUGAAGCAGAACUCUACGUGGAUAUAGGAGCUUAUGGAGAGCCCAAGAGGAAACAAUUUGAAGCCAGGGCUUCAAUGAGGCAAAUGGAAAAGUUUGUCAGAAGUGUGCAUGGCUUCCAGAUGCUCUAUGCAGAUUGCUAUAUGACCCGUGAGGAAUUCUGGGAUAUGUUUGACGGUUCGUUAUACCACAAGCUGAGGGAGCAAAUGAAUUGCAAGGAUGCCUUUCCGGAAGUGUACGACAAAAUCUGCAAAGCUGCGAGGCACUGAGCCUCAGUGGUCUAACCAAGCAAUCAGGGAAAGAUGAAUUUACCUAUAGCUAGUCAGUAUAUCCUUUAAAAAAAAAGCUUUAUUGCUCUCCAAAUAAGCUCAUUGUUGUUGAUGUUUAAAGAUAUGAAUUCCUGCUUUAUACAUUUCUGUUUAGUAUUUCUUCGUAUGUUUUAAAAACCAAUUUUCCAAACUCAAGAGUGAUUGUUUUUAAGAAAUCUUAAGUGCUAGCCUUUGUAUCUGAUGCAGUAGCAUAGGUGAGUUCACCUAUUUCCAAGCAUCAGAAACAUAAUCGGAAAGGGAGACACUGGAAUUACACCAGUUGUAUACUCUAUUCAAUGUUACUUUUGAAAAUGGUGAGGAGGGCUCAGAAAAAGGUGCCAAAGCUGAACGCAUGGUCAGAUUAAUC